AUGCCAGGCAAAGUUGUUUCCAAGGAAGAAUGGCUCGUGGCCCGCAAAGAACUUCUGGCCAAAGAGAAGGCCGCCACUCGUGCCAGAGAUGAACUCUAUGGCGCCCUUCGCUCCGAUUUUCCCAUGGUGAAACUUGAAAAGGAAUACCACUUCACCGGACCCAACGGUCAGGUCACUCUUGGAGACAUCGCUGGAGGCAACAAGCAACUCAUCGUAUACCACUUUAUGCUCAGCCCCGAUGACGAGGUUGGCUGUACAGGUUGCAGUUUCCUAGCAGACAACCUCCCUUCCUCACUCGGUCACCUGAACUCCAGGGAUACGGCAUUGGUCCUCGUCUCCCGUGCACCGUUGGAGAAAAUUGAAAAGUUCAAAACGAGGAUGGGCUGGGACUUUCCGUGGUAUUCUUCCUUUGGGAGUGACUUCAACUAUGACUUCCAUGCCUCGUUGGACAGUGAUGUAACUCCACCGGAGUACAACUACAAGCCCAGCAAGCGAACUUCGAAAGGCGAGGCACCGGGUCUGAGUGUUUUCUUCAAGGAGGGAGAUGAUAUCUUUCAUACUUAUUCUACCUAUGAAAGAGGUCUGGAUAUUUUGCUUGGGACGCAUACGUUGUUGGACUUGACUCCGCUUGGGAGGCAGGACGAGAAUGGCCCAGUGGAUUGGAAGUUGCAUGAUGAGUACUAG